CCAAACUCGCGCUAUGUAAUUGUGGAGAAAAGUAAAAUUAUAGAGAUGGUUAGAAAAGUAAAUUUGGAAUUGGAGAGAAGAGAACUGGAGAGAAGUUGACCAGAGGGACCCGCCUGACCCGUGAAGCUUGUUCAUUUUUGGUUCCCUAUUCAUCUAUGAUUCCACUUCCCAAGUUCUUGCGAAAAUAAUAACGUGAAAAAUCCGAACUUUGCGUCUGUCGCUCUCUCUCUUAACUAGAAACUUGACUAUUUUUUUAUCGUGUCCCUUUCUAUAAAUUAACAACAACAAUAAUAAUGGUGUCUUUGGAGAACACUAGUAUUCGUAAGCCGCCAUUAUAGUUUCAAGGAAGAAAUUUUUUGUAUUAGGGCAAUAGCCUAUCACGUUUUGCUCUCCUUUGUAUUUAUUGACAGCUUAUACGCCUGUGUCUUCUGGUGACUUGGUUAGUAUAACUUGCUGUAGUCUGCAAUGGGUGAGGAGGGCCUACGGCUUGGUGGGCUUUCUUCUGGUUUGGCCGUGGUUCUGAAUGGAGAGGACAAAAGAGAAGGUUCUGGGAACUCCCACCUCGUAUCGUAUUGUGAUGAUUUUGGUGAUCAGUCUGUGGAGCGAACUCUUGAGCACAUAUUUAAUCUCCCUUGCAAAACUAUUAAUCUGUUGACAUGCCCAGUUGAUACUAAUGUGGUUCGCUCUAUAAUAAAGAAUGAAUUCUAUAAGCACCAUCCUGAAUUGAAAACUGCUGUUCGAAACAGAGAUGGGGUAUCUACAAUUGGCGAGGUUAUUGGGCUGGAGGAAUCGAGCAUAUGUGGUGAUAUUAGAGUUGUCAAAUCACCAUUGCUCUUGGAAAGCCAUGCUCUAUUCAGUAGUGCAAGGGCCAAUUCAUGUGUAUGGAAAGGGAAAUGGAUGUAUGAAGUGACACUUGAAACUUGUGAUGUACAGCAACUGGGUUGGGCUACCGCUGCAUGCCCCUUCUCUGAUCAUAGGGGUGUUGGUGAUGCAGAUGAUUCUUAUGCAUAUGAUGGGAAAAGAGUCAGUAAAUGGAACAAGGAAGCUGAGCCUUACGGCGAGCCAUGGGUUGUUGGUGAUGUGAUUGGAUGUUGCGUAGACUUGGAUUGUGAUGAGAUAUUGUUCUAUAGAAAUGGCGUGUCUCUUGGAGUGGCAUUUGCUGGGAUUCGGAAGAUGGUGCCUGGAUUGGGCUAUUAUCCUGCCAUUUCCCUUUCUCAAGGUGAACGAUGUGAGUUAAAUUUCGGGGCCCGCCCAUUCAAAUAUCCAGUUAAAGGUUUUCUUCCCAUUCAGGCUCCUCCCUUCUCAUAUUUUCUUGCAACCAAUCUAUUUAAUUGCCUUUUGAGGCUGUUGGAGAUGCAGCGCCUCAAGAGGGCAGAGUUUGACACUGUUGAGAAGCUCAGAAGAUUGAAGCGUUUCUCAUCCUUUGAUGAACUGUCUCAUCCCGUCUUUCAGGCAAUUUGUGGAGAGUUAUUCUCUGUUCUGGAUGUGGAAACUGGUAGUGCAGAUUACAUAGGAUGGGGCCCCUUUUUGUCAUUCAUAAUGGAAAUCUUUAGAAUGCGUCCACCGCAUGACUAUACAAGUAUGGAUAGAGCACUUGAUUCAUUUCUUGAAUUUGAGCAGUCAAGAUUAUUAUUUGAGCACACCAUUGAUGCACUUUCAUCAAUGUGUAAAACAGAGUCUUUGAUCCUUACGGAGUGUCCUUAUUCUGGUUCAUAUAGCUAUCUUGCUUUAGCAUGCUACAUUUUGAGGCGAGAAGACUUAAUGGCACUCUGGUGGAAGUCUCCAGAUUUUGAAUUCUUGUUUGAAGGUUUCCUCUCGAGGAAGAGCCCGAACAAACAUGAUCUUCAAUGUUUGAUUCCUUCCGUUUGGUGGCCUGGUUCAUAUGAGGACAUGUCCAAUGAGAAUAGCAUGAUGCUAACGACAACAGCUCUAUCCGAAGCAAUUGAAAAGAUAGAAGAGAAGCAAAGGGACCUCUGUCGCUUAGUCAUGCAAUUUGUACCGCCUGUCACACCUCCUCAGUUGCCCGGUUCAGUGUUUAGGACAUUUUUACAGAGUGUUUUACUGAAGAGCAGGGGUGCAGACCGUAAUAUGCCACCUCCGGGAGUUUCAAACAACUCUGUCCUUGUUUCUUUGUUUACUAUUAUUCUCCAUUUCUUGUCUGAAGGUUUUGCUGUUGGGGACAUCUAUGACUGGAUCAAGGGAUUUGGAAUUAAUUCUGGAGCUGAUGUUGGUUUCCUUCACAGGGGAGGUCAACAAAGCUUCCGCGCUGGCUUGUUUCUGAAGAAUGAUCCUCAUCGAGUUGACAUUUCCAGGCUUGGGGGAUCUUAUAAUCAUCUGAUGAAAUUUCAUCCUGUAGAUGAUCAAGCGGAGGAAGAAAUUGUAAGAUGGGAAGAAGGGUGCAUGGAUGAUGAAGAAAGCAGAGUAACACAUUUCAGUGGGCAGAAACCAUGUUGCUGUUCUAAUUAUGAUGCUGAUUUUUCAAAAAUUUCUAAGAAUUCCAUAAGAUAUUCGACAAAAGGUUCUCGAGGAAGUUGCAGCUCUAUCCCAGAGAGAUCUACUCAUGUUACGGCUGAAUGUAGUACUGGGAAUCUGAAUGACGAGAUAGCCGAUAAACCCAGUACAAGCAACCGAUCUGAUUCUGAGUUUGGUUUUCGGCCUAUGCAGCAGAUGAGGAUAUUACCCAGGGAGAACAAUUUUUCUUCAGCUACCCUGAAAGAGGAGGAACUUUUAGAUGCUAUGCUUUUGCUGUAUCAUUUGGGUCUUGCACCUAACUUUAAGCAGGCAUCGUCUUUCAUGUCUCGUCAGUCUCAGUUAAUUUCUCUGCUGGAUGAAACUGAUAAACAAAUCAGAGAUAGGGUUCAUGGGGAUCAAGUGAAGCGCUUGAAGGAGGCUCGUGGGUUUUAUCGAGAAGAAAUGAUGGAUUGUGUCAGACAUUGUGCUUGGUGUCGCAUUUCUCUUUUCUCUCAUUGGAAGCAGAGGGGAAUGUAUGCAGCAUGCAUGUGGAUAGUUCAGUUGCUUCUUGUUCUUAGCAAAGUCGAUUCUAUCUUCAUCUAUGUUCCUGAAUAUUAUUUGGAAACCGUGGUUGACUGCUUUCAUGUUCUUCGUAAGAGUGACCCUCCAUUUGUCCCUGCUGCAAUGCUCAUUAAGCAAGGACUUGCAUCAUUUGUUACUUUUGUCGUUACCCACUUCAAUGAUCCGAGGAUAUCCAGUGCUGAACUGAGGGAUCUUCUUCUCCAGUCAAUUUCUGUCUUGGUACAGUACAAGGAAUUUUUAGCUGCUUUUGAGUGCAAUGAAGCUGCAACAGAAAGGAUGCCAAAAGCUUUAUUGGCAGCAUUUGAUAAUAGAUCAUGGAUCCCUGUGACCAACAUACUUCAGAGAUUAUGCAAGGGUUCUGGCUUUGGUUUUGCAAAGCGUGGAGAGUCAUCCUCCUCGUCAGUCAUAUUUCAGAAAUUGUUGCGGGAAGCUUGCGUCAGCGAUGAAGAAUUAUUCUCAUCUUUUCUCAAUCGCUUAUUUAACACACUCAGUUGGGCGAUGACUGAGUUUUCUGUUUCAAUUCGUGAAAUGCAAGAAACUUACAAGGUGAUGGACUUCCAGCAGAGGAAAUGUAGUGUUAUAUUUGACCUCUCCUGCAAUCUUGCAAGGGUAUUAGAGUUUUGUACUCGUGAGAUAUCUCAAGCUUUUCUGUUAGGAAUGGAUACAAACUUGCGGAGGCUGACCGAAUUGAUUGUCUUUAUACUAAACCAUUUAAUCUCUGCAGCUGAUCCAGAGUUAUUUGACCUAACACUUAGACGUCCUGGUCAAUUUACUGAGAAAGUCAACAGAUGCAUGAUUUUAGCACCUCUGGCUGGCAUUGUACUGAAUUUGUUGGAUGCUAGUAGGGAGAGAGACUGCGGAAAGCAGAACGAUAUUGUUGCAAUAUUUGUUAGUAUGGACUGUGCUGAUACCAUUCUCUGUGGAUUUCAGUAUCUCCUCGAGUAUGAUUGGGCGGGCUCAUUCAGAGGGGACGAUCAUCUUGGAAAAUUAGCACGACUAGAAAAGUUUUCAAGCCAGUUGAUCUGUCAGGCAGAAUUGCAAAAAGUUCAGACGAGAAUUUGUCAGGGAGAAUCAGAUGCUGAUGAUGGCAUGUGUUGCAUAUGUUAUGCUUGUGAAGCGAAUGCUGAAUUUGUACCGUGUUCCCAUGUUUCUUGCUAUGGUUGUAUAUCGAGGCACCUCCUCAAUUGCCAAAGAUGCUUCUUUUGCAAUGCAACAGUUGUAGAAGUUGUUAGGAAGGAUGCAAACGCUCCCUGAAGUCUCUCACUGCAGUAAUCUGGUGUGCAUGGACGGCCACGUGAGACUAAGAACACCAUGUAUGAGUGUGAGUAUGAGGCCACCUCAUUAUGACCCACGAACCGGAUCACUUUAGGGAGGUUCGCGUUGCUUGGGAGGUUGGCGUAAAGAUGAAACCGAGUGUAAAGAGGGCCAAUGUGGGAGGUUCACAUAAAGAUGGAGGCUAGACGAAGGGUUGGUUCAAAAUCUAGCCACCUUACCAAUCAAGCGAACGAUGAAUCCCUGCCUCGAGGAGACACCCCACUCUUGUUGACUAUGAAAACAGCAAGGGGGGUCUAAGCCAUUAUACUUCGCCGAAGACCUUUCUCUAUUUGGAAAGCCAUGUGUCAAGUUCAAUGUUCUAAGAAGUAUAAAAUGUGAUCAAGUUACAGUGUCAAGUUUCAAGUUUUACGAACUAAACGAAUGUCUACAUGUGAAAAAGUGAGGUGAUUAGGUGGUAAGGCCAACAUUCGCACUUUAGAACAUUUUUGCUAGAGUCCCCUAUAUUUUUCUUUU